AUGUCGCCUGGAGAACCUGAAGUUGGUUAUCGCCGCAAUGGGAAGAGGCAAGCAUGUGAGCCGUGCCGAAAGGGCAAGUUAGCCUGUGACCAUGGCGCACCACACUGUGGGAGAUGUGUCAGGCGGAAGACAACUGAAAAGUGCAUCUAUCAUCCCGCGCCAAUGACCAAAGUACGGACUUCAACAAACUCGCCAAAUCUACAAAAAGCUUCUCGGGCUGCCUCUGUUCACACACCUGUGGCCAAUACCACCCCGCAAACUUACAAUGUAUCCUGCCCACCUCUGCCCUCGGCCUCGGAACCUAGUCCGUAUGCUUCCCCCAGUAUCAAUGGCUCUGGGAUGCAAGGCUUCCAAGCCCCUUCAAGUGCGGUGGAGGAAUCCCGUGGCAGAUGCCAUAGUCCUAACAUUGGCCAAUCCGGCGAACCUACUCGGAAGAGACUUGCCAGCUGGAAAACCGCUGUUUAUCCAAAAUCGGCGAAGUAUUAUGGCCCAACGAGUUUCUCUGCGGUGUAUUUAGAGAAUAAAACUACGGAAAACGAAGAUCUAUUAGAUAUUGGCGAGGAUCCUAGAAAGCACCCUGGGUCUUGGGUUUUUGGCCAACCCUUACUCGGCAGAGAGAGACCAUCUGUUCCUUAUCAGCGUACAAAAGAAAUUGUCAAAGCACUUUGGAACAUUCCCUCGAAAGAGAUUUGUGAGAAUCUGCUUAGCAUGUCUCUCUCUAUUCAUGACGCAACAUUGAAUCCAAUUAUGAUCAGACAUUGCAUAACAACUUUAUGGAGCACAUUCGGGUCCCAGCUUGCUGCACCACUUACUGCUGAGAACCUGAAUAUCAUUUCAGAAGUUCUCUUCAAAAAUGAGGAGAAUCCUCUGCCACCUGCUCCCGAGGACGGGCUGGAGUGGCUAAACACAUUCAUGGGACCGAACCUUCGAUUCGAAAUGCUUGGUGUAUUAUUUUGCUUUUUUGGAAAGGCUUUCUUAACAUUGCAAGAUUGGGACCCACUAUUCAAGGUACCCGAAAACAACGGUCGGAGUAGGAAAGAAACUGCGUGGAGGAUGAAAGAGUGCGCAGAUGCUUGUCGCAAGACUUGUCACCUCUCUGAAACGGUAAAUGAGAUUGUGGUCGCCCUGACCUAUAAUGUUCAUAUCUUAGAGAGUAGUUGUACAGGGGAUGAAAGCUACCUACUGCGUCAUCGCCACGGGCAUAUGGUCACGUCAGCUACAAAUGCUGGACUUCACAGGCUUCCAGACUACACCAAUACCAGAGUUACAACAGCGUCAGAGUACAAAAGGAGGCUCUUCUCUGCUGUCUAUUACUUAGAUAAAACGCACUCGGCUUUGAACGGACUUCCGCCAAUGUUAGGCCGUCUCUAUUGCGACGUUAGGCCUCCCCUCGACUUGUCCGACGACGAAUUGUUCCUGCCACCACAUGCAUUAGCAGUUGCAAUUAGUAGAUUGGACUUUAAUGGCUGGAAUACUGAAGGAAACAUGUAUAAUAUUAGCAUAUCACGAGCAAUCUGGCAACUAUCCGCCGUUCGGGAGGAGAUUCUAGAGCUAGCAUUAGGGGUCAACGUUAUGAUCUCCGACGAACGCAUCGUAGAUCUACGUCAACGCUCCCAGCACGUUCUCAAUAGCUUUCCCAAUCAACUUCUAUAUUAUGCUAACGGGAAGAUACCAAAAGAUGGUACGGGGAAAACUCUAUUCGCUCAAGCAUGUCUCAUGCUUGACUUUCUGCAGAACAUGUUUCUCAUCGAACGGGUUGCCAUGGCUCGUGGCUUCUCAACGGUUGAGAAUCUUCUGAGCACAGCGAUGGAUAUGCUCGACCUGUCCUUGAUGUUCUGGAUAAUGAGGGAUCAGCUCAUCCCUUUCACUUCCUAUUUUGACUGGAUUAUCACAUUUUAUGGGAUACCCAGCGCUGGAGUUAUAUGCGUCGAGCUGCUCAAUAAGCAAUCGGCGGCCCACCACCAUCCCAGCUUCUCCCGGUCAGAUGCUAUCCAAAAGUUAACAUUGUUCAUCGGCUUCCUAGAAUGGAUUCGGCCGACAGAUGGGAAUUACAAAUUAGCAGGACGACUUCGGAAAGUCAUACGCAGGGUAUUAGACCACGUAUUGGAGCCACCCAACACACAGUCGGACGCGCCAAUGCCGAUGGACGCUCCAUUUGAUCCUACAUUACUAGAUCCCCUAGAUAACAUAGACGAUAUGGAUUGGCUCAGUAGUAUAGAUUGGACUCAUGGAUCGGGGAUCGGGCUUUAG